AUGAUGGCGGUGCGUGAACGCGCAGUAAAAGUAAUGGCUGCUCUGGAUCGGCGGGUGCCUAGCCUCGAUGAUUUCGUGGGUCAAAGCUGGACUGCCUGGGCCGACUGGGCCGGCGUGACAGCGGCGGAUGGGCCCGAUGUGGAUGACUGCAGUAAGAAUGGCAAAAAGGCUGCAGAGGCCAUGUCACUCAGUAAAGAGGACAUGUCCAUCUUUGGCCUUUACCCAGGCCAUGAUGACUUUUACCUGGUGGUGUGCAGCCAUUGUGGUCAAGUAGUGAAGCCGCAGGCAUUUGAAAAGCACUGCGAGCGGAGACAUGGCCCUCUGGCCAAGCUGUACGCCCGACUGCGCUCCCCCACUCCUGCACCUCAGCCCCAGCAGAGACCGCAUCAUGGCCACUCUCCUUCUCAUGGGACCAACACUGCCUCUGCUUCAUCAUGGGAGGGUCGAGGCCAGGGCCUUGGGCAGCUACGGGCAGCCCCACCUUCACCUUCCACUCCCCCCCAGCACAGACACUCCAAGAACUCCAAGGAUGGAGUACGACAUUCCCCACUAGAGAAGUCCUCCCACAGCAGCCAUACAGAGUCAUCAGUAUUCAAGCAGCCGCCACCUCUGGAGCCUUCGAUGAGCUCUCCACCUCCGUCACUCAGAGACCCUCCCUGGCCACAUGGAGGCACUCCGCCUGGUCGGCCUUCACCCAGUGACAGACACCCUACACAGAGAAAGGACUCCUCUCAACCCUCUGCAGCGCCAGGCCACCGGGUCCCCAGGCCCUACAACAAAGUGGCCUCCAAGCGGGAGUGUGACUUGGACAAACACUGUGGCGUCCUUGACCCCGACAGGAAGAAAGUCUGCACUCGCCUUUUGACUUGCAAUAUUCACUCCAUCCACCAGCGGAGAAAGGUGGUGGGCCGCAGCAAGAACUUUGACCAGCUCGUGGCGGAGCUGAAGACCAAGGUUCGGGAGAAAGGGACCCAAGCCCUGGAGGGAGGUUCUUCCACUGGACGGUCCCCCAGCCCUGAGCCCCCCAGAGAACAGGCUGGUGCUCCACACUGCAGGAGACCUCUGGCCAGCCUUCCCGCUUUCAGUCGGUCUACGGCUAUGUCAGAGAGCACCACAGAGGAGGAGAAGCAGCGGCAGGAUGAGGCCAGUCUUCGCGCCCCCUCACCUCUCGUCCAUGGCCGAAUCUCCAGUGAUGAAAGUGAGGCAGAAUUACCUGAGGAGCCUGCUCAGUUCCCAUCUUCUGCUGCACAUCCCAGACCAGUAGCGGUGUGUUCAUUCGGCAGCCAUGCACUGGGUCAUGGCAUCUACACAUUUGACAGAAGACUUCACCACCUGAGGUCGGCUCUCGGCAGCAUGCUGGAGCAGCACAUCAGUGCCCAUCUUUGGAAGAAAAUACCUCAAGCCACAGACCUUCAAUCUUCACCUUCUACAGCAAAGGCCAUCGCAUGCUCAUCUCCCUCCUCCAUAGCUACAACGUCCUCCCCCUCAUUACAUUGUAAGAUCCGCACAGGAAGUCAUAUGAGCUCCUCCCUCAAAACGGCAACUUCCUCGUCUUCUUCCAUUCGUGGACCAGGGAGAACUCCAACAGCCAUACCAUCAGAGAACACUGGGGGCAGUGUCAGCAGCAUCGUGGGUGGUCAUCUCGUGUCUCCGGGAAAGCUUGCAGUGGUGCGUCAGGUGGGUGCUGGGCGAUCUAAGAAUCCAGUGGGGCGUCCCAGCAAGCAGAUGCUAAAGCUUCGAGAGGAGGCUGCUGCGGCUGCUGCCCUCCGCAAGCGCAAAGCCCCAUCCCAGGAAGGAGAGCACUCAGGCCCCGACAGGAACUGCAUCAUUCUUCAGGACCGGGGCCGCCCACCCUCCAAUGUUUCCUCUUCCUCAUCUUCCUCUUCCAAAGCCCCCAUUCCCUCCCCCCUCCCACACGGACAGACCAAUGGCACUCUAUCCCCCAGCAGCAAACCCCGACCCCAACCUUCCCCCUCAGAGUCCCACUCACCAGCCGCCAAAGCGGUUUGGACGUACAGACGGACACACCCUCCUUUGGGCCAUUCGUCACCCCCAGACCCUUCCUCCACCACCAAUUCCCACAGCCGGCCUGGCGUGGGGGACUCAGGAUUGCACGGGCAGGGUAGCGGAAGGGGCUUUGAGCACCAGGGACUGGUGAAGAAACGCAAGGGGGGUGGCAUGGAGGAACACUCACCCUCCUCCAAACCCUCAGCGCACCGCCUGCCCUCCUCCUCCUCUUCCAGCUCUGCCACCUCCUCCUCUCCGCGCUCUAACUUCUACACCUGGAAGGACAGUAAAGGUGGGGGGCUGGCUGGGGGUGUGGAGAAGAAACUGGGCACACAGAAGGUAGGUUUGGAGGAGGGAAAAUCAGGGUACUGAGAAGGAUAGAGACAGACGGUUAACGUUACAAUGCACAAGUUUGUCCUCAAGGUUUACAGUUUAUUAGCAGCCUUGUUCCUUUCUGGUAAAUUCUUCUGGCCGUACACUUGACGUACCUUAUGAGACCACUUUUGUCAAGAUUUUAAAAUGCUGCCUGUCAGACAAAAACGAGGACCAGCCAAAUGCUUUUCAUGCACAUAUUAUAUACUUGUAUUUUAUGCUUUCUGAAACAUGCUCAAAAAGUGAAAUUCAGGAAAUCUGGAGGUGAAGAUCUAAACUAUCAUUUGGAAAGAAUAUGCAACAGAAAAGUAAUGUUUUUGAGUAUUAGCACACUUAUGGUAUUAGCAGUUUGUACUGACUUUUUGAAAGAUAAUUUAACGUGACACUGGGUCAACGACCGGAGCUGACUACAGCUGCUUUCAUCUGUGAAGGGGAAAGUCUCAGAUCUACGGACUCAUGCUUAAAUGAAUGAUGAUGCUUUAGGUGGCUUUCAUAAUGCUUGAAGGUUGUUAUCGUCUUAAAACCAGUCAGUGCUCAAAAUUAGCAUGUGAUUGGUGGUCUGUGGUGUCUAUAGUUAGGUUAUUAGUUUGGCUCUGAGACUAGUCCAUCAAAGUCUGCAGCAAAACAUUAAAAAUGAUUUAACUUAAAGUUUAAAAAGUUCCCCAACUUACCCCGAGGCUAUCUUUCAGUUAAGAGUUGUUUCCAUGGCAACAGUCAGUGAAAUCUAAUUGACAUGAUGGACACAGACUGCAAUAACCCUGUCUUGGGAUGUGCAUCUUCAGCUUAAAAAGACCUUUUAGCUGUUCAGCAGUAGGAAACAGUUACCUUGUGGGAUUUAACUGAGAUUAACAGCUUGAAGCUGAAGCCUGCUUAACUAUCAUUUCACAGUGAACGCUACCCCAGCACAAAUUCAAAACAUUUUGAGUUGAACAAUCAACCAAAUGUGAAGAGUGUCUUAGCCAGCCAUCCCAUUUUUCAGAUUUGUACUUUUCUGACACCCUGUAUAUCAGUUAGUUUUUUUUAAAAAUAUCCUAUGCUGUACAAUUCUGAAGUGAAUAUACAAACCAGCUGUCAAACUGAAAGUAAUAUUUUACAACAUUUUCUUUUGUCCCACAGCCAAAACUGCACCAUUAAGUGUGCCUGCCUUACAAGCCACUAUGAGGGAGCCAGCUCUGCUCAGUCCAGGACUGAGGCAACAGGACUCAAAUGUGUCUGUGUGUCUGUGUGUCUGUGUGUGCAUCUGUCUGCCUUUUGUCAACUGGGCAUACGCUCAUGUAUGACUGUGUCAGGUUGUGUUUGUAUGUGCAGACUUAGUGCAGUAUGGAUCUGCUGGUGUGAAUCACAGCUGGGUAUGUGGGUCUGGAUGAAUGUCUGAGGGACACCUGGGAGUGGGAGGGUGGGAUGAAAUUCAGAGUAUGGAUUUAGAAAUACCUCAAGACCAUCCGGUUAUGCUGCUAAAUUAAAUAUGUUGGUUUAUAAAAACGAAUUAAAAAUGUCCUUUUCACCUGG